AGGAUGAAGAUACGUUCAGCCCUCAGAAAACCUCAAUGAACUUAUUGGCCGGGUUUUACUGGCGAAAUCACGGCUUUGGACCAAUGAGUGAUGACACUGACCAGUAAACCACCAAUCUGAUAGUCAGAAUUACUCACCGUAGCCCGCCCCUGUAUGUCAGCCAGCGGCUGUGCCGAAGCAGCAGCUCUCAUUUAGACUAGUAAAGGAGGUUGGGGAGAGGAGUGAAAAAGGACAAUAACAAUAUUAAGAUAGUCCUCACGAUUUGAGCUACCUAUUUUUUUCCCUUUAAAAUGUUGUUUUAUAUUAAUGUUAACUUUAUUUACUGACAUUUUCGCCACUAUAGAAUGUAAAAUAGUUCAAGGAUACGUAUUUUCCAGAAUCCAAACAAAUAAACUGGCAUUUAAUAGUUUACUGUUCUAAAACGCCACGCCGUCACUGUUUUGGGGACGGUGGGAGGGCGGUUAAUAAUUAUCGCAGUGUCACUAACUUAUUAGUGAUGUUUUUGUCCCCUGGGAGCCUUAGAUACCCAUUAAUUGUUAAGUCGGCCGCGUUGUUUACCAAGUUAGGGCGCCGUCGAAUUGUGCGAAACUAAUAAUGUCAGCAUCCGCCGCAAACUCAUCGCAGCGGUAGCGAAUGAAAGCUGCCGGGGAGGGCUCCCCCUCCAGCUCAGCCAGCAACAGCAGCAGCACUGGCCGGCUGCAGCCCAUCCGCGCCGCCGUGCCCUACCAGCUCCUGCGUGGAAAUCAUCAGCGCCCAACCCGCGCUCCCUCCUCCUCUUUCUCCUCCUCUUUCUCCUCCUCCACUCCUCCUCCUCCUCCUCAGUCGGGAGCAGCGCAAAGCCGCCGACGUCCCGCCGCUCCAGCCCCACCGGCCUGACGCAGCUUGCCCGCGAACCUGGGGGGACGCGGCUCGGGAGAUGGGGCACUGACCGCCAGGCGGAGAAGAUCAGCGCCAGGCAGGAGCUCGCCAGUCAGCGGAGACUCCUGCAUGCUGGAGUGACGACGAAGCAGGAGAGAAGAGUGCGCUGCGGCAGCGCUCUGCUUCCCGGAGCAGCGCGGACCAGCUCCGAGAGCAACUCCAGUGCGGUAAGCAGGGUGGUCGACACAGCAGGGAAGAGCAGUUUCUUUCGCCUGAACGGGGCACACAGACCACGCAGGCGCCACCUGCUGGCAGCCACACCCAGCCGUCCAUGUCGAGGUCUGCUCAGAUGCCGCUGUCCAACAUGACGGUGCCCAAGGCCUCCAUGUCCAGAGUCCCCAGCAGUAUGGAGGGCAUCAAUCACGAGCUGGAGAAGGUGUUCAUCAAGGAUAACGGCGACAAGGAGGAGCUGAAGGCUCUGGAGGUCCCCGAUGGGCGGCGUGCCCCAUUCCCCCCCCAGCAUCGCAGCAGCAGUACGCGCAGCGUGGACACACAGGUGCCCCUGGCUCCAGGCCGCUCCAGCAGCUGCUCCAGCCUGUCGCCCUGUCCCUCGCCCGCCUGCCCCCUCGGCUCCCACGAUGGCAGUCCCUACUCCACAGAGGACCUGCUAUACGACCGUGACAAAGAUAGCGGCAGCAGUUCUCCCCUGCCCAAAUUCGCCUCCUCGCCCAAACCGAACAACAGCUACAUGUUCAAGCGGGAGCCGCCCGAGGGCUGCGAGAGGAUCAAGGCCUGUGAGGAGGCGCCGUCCCGGCAGUCAGCCGCCCCCCCACUCUUCUCCUGCCCCGACAAAAACAAGGUGAACUUCAUUCCGACUGGUUCCGCCUUCUGCCCUGUCAGACUCCCUGGCUCCUUCUCCAGCUCGGUGUCUGACCCUGAUGACGAGGCCGGCCCCUCUCCUGCUUCUGCCCCGGCGGGCUCCGAGCCCCCGCUUUCCCUCAGCCAGGUCUCCACCAGCACCAGCACGGAUGACCCCCCAGAAGUGCCCGCAGAAUCCCCGACUGAACACCAGGGGGCAGUGUCGGAUGUGGCCGCCGAACCUCAGAACUCUGUCACCAGCUAGUCUUGGCCAGAGCGGGAUUCUGGCUUUACUCAUUGCCGCACCUCAGGCCUCACAACACCCCCACCCCCACCCUCCACAACAGACCACCAAUUUGUUGAACCCCCACAUUCUGCAUGGCAUAGCAACAAUAUCGAACGGGGAAAAAAAAAUAGUGAUCGUAGCAUAUUCUUAAGCACUGUUGUCAGGGAAGCUGUAUACUGUACAUGAUAAAAAUAUAUUCCUCUCUAUGAGCUACUCUGUAAGGAAACGAUAUGUUGCCAUUUGUGGUUAGGAGGACAGACGAGACGCCUUUACUUUGGGUUCUAAUGGGAUGGGUGGGGGGCAUGAACCUGAAUCUGGUAGUAUGUUUAAGAUAAUUUGUGUCAUGUGGUUUGUUUCAAAAUCCACAGUAUGAAUAAGCUCUAUAUAAAAAAAAAAUGCUUGUUUAAAUUUAAACAAAAAAACAAACUGCGUAUUGCUUUGUCAUGUAUGUAAACAGGGAAGUAAGACGUAUGUUUCAGGCUUAUAGUCAUACUUUAGUCCAGGUUGUGUGUCUAAAAGAAAAGAACCAGGAAAAGGGCAAAAACAGAGGAAGUUGAGUGAAACUUGGCCUUGCUGUCGAAAAGUAACCCGCUUCAGGAAUCCCAGACAAAGCGAUACCUCAGGUAAUCGGGCUUGCGUGUCCAUGUGGGGACGGUCGGGGUUUGUACCUGAGCCGGGAGGAAGACGGGUACCGCUGAUGCAGCCAGGAUUUCCUCGCAAGGCUCCGGCGCUCGCCCCGCCUUUCCCGUUGGGUGCGGGUAACCCCAGGGCGACCUGUAGCUAGAGGGUCACGGGGGUGUGGCUGGGGAGACCCCGAGGACGGAAAUGGCCGAGAGCUACGGAAAGCAUGGGAAGGCCAGCGGGGCCUGUCUGUAAGAUGGCGAAGAUGGCGGUCCUGUAGCGGGAUCCGGUUCCCGGGCCGAGCGAGGAGCUCGAACAGAACACUGUCGCCAUGAUAUGUUGGAAGAAAUUAGGUCAACAGAAGGCAAUGUAUAGACUUCCAGUUAAUGGAAAGACGUGUGCAGUGCCGGUAUACUUGCAUGGCACCAGUAAGCUAGGUCUGCUUACCGUGCGAUUUUACUGGCCCAUAAUCGAAAUAUAUAGGGUUCUGUAAUUCCAUGUACGGCAUGAGGGGGCAGGUGCCGAGUGAUGUUGGAGUGGAACACGACCCCACCGCAUGACAGAACAGCACAGAGAACAGCCCUUUACUAAAGCUUAAGUCAAUAAACAAGCAAAAACACCGUUAAAAAGUUUGCUGUAGAGAAACAUUAUAAUGACCUUUGAAAUAUCAGAGAAUGAAACAAAAUGACGACUGAAACGGCCUGAAUUAGCACAAGUUGAGUAAACCUGUUUUACCCUACACCUUUAAUGUCAGGCCAGGAAAAAAGCCUCGGUUUUUGUGACAAAGACUUUAAUCGGAUAAUAAAAAUAAUGACAGUCUGAAGUAUUAGUGGGGAGGGGGAACAAAAUUUUUUUUACGAAAAUUCCUAAACUGACGGCUCGACCCUGUUUAAAUUUUUCCCUUCAAAAUGACCAGUUUUGUCCAGAAACAAAGAAUGUAACGAUAUACACAGUUACAUAACUGUUAACAUGUAACCUCACUGUUGAUGUUUUAACUUUGCUAGCUUUGAUUAUGGAGGACAACUUUUCUCAGGCAGUGCUGGGGCGGCCAAACUGUUGCCCGGUUUGCCCUGAAAACAGAUCUCAGUCAAUCCCUCCUCAGCCCCAGACAUACUCAUUACUGUGGAAAUAUUUUUAUGUAAAAAAAAUAAAAAUACAUUAGAAAGCUCAAAUGUAUUUUUCAACUUUUCGUGUUCAGAGAUGGCUUUAAUGUGGAUUGAUGCAAUAUUUUUUGUCGCACUUCGUUAAGGUGAUAGUUUACCCUUAACAUUACACUAAGGUAAACUAGAUCUGUGCAAUAAUACUAGUCUCCACUUGGGAGUGACGUUUAUAAUGUAAAUUUAAUUUCUCAAUUAAAAAAAAAAUAUAUAUAUAUAUAUAUAUCAGAACCCAUAAAUCUGCCAUUUCAUUGGUCGGUACCUCGCCGGCUGAUUCUGCGGUUGCCGAUGUGUAGACCAGCGCACUGCUAAGAGGAACGUGCUCACAUUUGACCUGCGAUAAAUUUCCAGUCGCCCAUAGCAGAAAAAGCUAAGUAGCUUGCGUCUCCUCUGGCCGUUACUUUUACUACCUAUAGAGGUCACUGUAAUAAAAUCAUAUACUGGUGAUGUGAAAACAUUGGGUUGUGCUAUGUGAACAUAGUUUGUUUUUGGAGCCCUCUAGAGGUAAAGGUGGCCCCUGCAGGGUCUGGUCUGCGAUCUUGCUUGAAGUUUGUACUCGGUUUCCGCCAUUACUGCUAAACCACUGCGUUUCCAGCUUCGCCUGCAUGGGGCGCAACUGUUUUGUACAUUUCCGCACAGAGCUCUUGUGUCUUUAUUUAAAUAAAGUUAUUGGAAGAACCAAA